AUGGAUGCGGAACAUCUGGAGACGGAGACGCAUUCUGGCGCCAAAUAUGGCUCUAACACCCAAGGCGUCUACAUCUAUCGACCUUCCAAAGCCCAGGGCGAACGGCCCUCGAAACGACGCAAGGUGCAGCCGGAUGAUGAAGUCGAUAGCGAGUCCCGCCUGUUUGUUCCGCUCCUGAAUGGCGACGAGUCCGAAGCGUCUGUGCAGUUGAGGUACAAGGCCUACCAAGAGUUGUGGGCUGCGCAGGAAGAAAAGAUCCAGUCUAUUCUUGAAGAUGUUGAUUUCGAUGUGCUUGAAAAUGUGUCGUCUUUCAUCACAUCGUGCUCUCCCCAAACACUCUUAACUCGACUCAAUGAACAACUGACCACAACUGGGGAAGGGGGAGUUGUCGCGCUGGAAUCGGGCGAUGCGCCGAAUCUCAAGACAACAUUGAAGAAUAUCAUUCGAGGUGCAAUUACAAACACGGAGGGGAAUGAAGGAUACCAUAGGUUCCUUACGGACCGAGAUGGUCCGAGACUUCUCGGAUACGACCUUGAUCUGCUGGGAGACUAUGUGAAAAGAAAGGGGGUCAAGAAGCUAGUGAUUGCGCUCCGAGACAGCGAAGCUUUUGAUCCAAGUAUCCUGACAGACUUGCUGUCCUUGUUGAGCUCGUGGCUCGACCGCAUUCCUAUCACCCUGCUAUUCGGUAUUUCGACAUCCGUUGAACUUUUUGAAGGAAGACUGCCACGCUCAGUCGUUGCCCUACUCAGAGGACGGUACUUUGAGAUUCACGAAGCGAGUAACUGCGUCGACCGCAUCUACGAACGGCUGCAGGCGGGAUCCGACGGGCGUUUCUGGCUAGGACGAAAUAUCACCGCCGUUUUGUUUGAGAGGUCCAGUGACUACUUCCAGACCCCGGAGGCGUUCAGUCGAACUGUAAAGUAUGCGUAUAUGACACAUUUCUUUACGAAUCCAUUAGCAGUGCUCCUUGCCAACCAGGAGCCUUCUGAUCUGCCGUCUACUCGCUUCUGUGAGGCCGUUCGAAACGUUCCCUCUUUCAGAAGGCAUUGUGAGAAUCUACUUGAUGAAGGCUGCGCUGAACAGGUGCGCAACUUGUUGGAGGACGACAAAUGCCUUUUGCAACAAAGCCUUCAGCAUCUUGAAUACGGACAGCAGAGGAUGCGCGAGAUUUUCCAAGCGGUGACGUUUGUCCAUGCGUGCCUCAAGGAGCUUAACCUCACCAAACGGGCGAGUAUUUCGGACCUGUCUGUCCGCGCACUGGCAGGAGAGCUCCAGAACUCGUCGUACCUUGAAGAUAUCCUACGGGCUUUCAAAACGCUUGAUUCUACCACGCUACAGCAAAUUUUUGCUAUUCUUCCGGAUAUUUUGAUGGAACCGUCUGAGUUUCAAGAAUUAAAGCGAGACCUUGAAACCCUCGUGCAGACAUAUCCCGACGCACAACCUUUCCGGAGCGAAUAUGACAGCCACAACUCCGUUGUGUCAACAACAGUCGUCCAACAACGUGUCAAACUCAAUAAGGGCAAGGCCAAGCUGUCCGAACCAGACAUUGAAUACACAAAGAUCGUGGACCGUUUCUACUCCUUGACAGAGGCCUCCCUUACGGACGUUUUGCUUCGGCCGCAAGACUUGUUCCUCCACGAAGCCUUCCUUAUUGACAUGAAGAAUCCUUUGAAGGAAGUUUUCGCCCCCCGGCCUCGAUUUGCCAUUGAGCGAGCUUUGUCGAGUCCAUUCGAUUACCUGAUAUCAGACGCGGAGACGGCGAACACCAAGAUCUCUGCAAAACAACCCGCCACGGCCAUAUUAUAUCAGCUAUAUCUUGAAUCUGGCUCCCUUGUUAAUAUAUACGAUCUUUGGCAGGCAUUCUACGCGGUGUUCGAAAGUGAUCAGGGUGGUGACUGUGAUGAACGUGUGAUCAUGACGUUGUUUUACAGAGCCAUUUCUGAGUUGAAGGUUCUUGGAGUGGUCAAGAACAGUCGCAAGAAGACCGACCAUGUUGCUAAGACGGCAUGGAUGGGACUAUGA